AUGAGCAGUAGCCUGCGCUCUCCCGCUUCGCCGGGGCGUCCUCAGCGAGCCCCUCCCGUCUAUCGCCGUCCCAAUCCCCCCUCUGAUGAGGAAGACGAGGAAGAUGAUAGCGACGAAGACGAAUUGCGCCGCCCCGGAUCCUCCGGCAGCGAUGCCUCCUCCAACGUAACCACGGUCUCGGCGGCUCCCAUUACCCCAGUUACGACUCAGCCCCCGGCAGGGGGUUACUUCUCUCCCCAUCCCCGCUCUACCUCAGCCACGAGCUCGCCUCAACACGCGCCUCGCAACAUGCCAGACUCAAAUAGCCGCCGGCCUUCUGGUCGAGGCCCCUCCUCGGAGCUACAAAGACAUCGGUCUCGACAUCAUUCCCAAGGCUUCUUUGAACCGUCUCUGCCCACCGCCUCAUCAGAUCAGAUGCCAGCGGUCUCGGCAUCUCGCAUCGCGGCCCAGGCGGCCAUGCAGCAGAACAGACGUUCUCCAAACGUGCUUAGUCCUCGCGAAGGCCACAGCCGGCCUGGCAGUGCCUCUCCUCCGCUCAUGCCCCAACCUCUGCGUAUCAACCACCAGCCGUCUCCCUCUCUUCCUCCUCCGACAGUACCCAAUGUCGCAACAACCGCUGCCAAUGUGGUGUUCCCGCGGGCCGGGCAACACCCAUCGGAGCCACCACCUGAAAAACAGAAGAAGAAGAAGCUGUUCUCGAAACCGAAACACAUCAAUCUCAGCCGAGACAAGGACCCGCGUGAUCGUGGCCUUCCCUCGCCAAGCAAGAUGGCCGGCUUAUCGCGAAUCGUCAGCGCGUCUACCACCAACCUGGCAGAUCUCCCGUCCAACAACUCCUCUAUGUACAACCUUUCGAAUGCGUCCGUGAGCACCGUCGUGCCGUCUGAUCGAUCCCCAGCGCCACCGGAGAAGGACAAGGACAAGGAUAAGGAUAAGCACAGGCACCACUUCCUGUCCAGGCAGAAGCUUAAACUCAAGGACCGCGGUGAUGACCACUAUAACCUCCCUCUCUCCUCGGCGUCGAGCAAUUCUCGUCCUGCGGAUCCCAACGCCCCCAAAUCUCUCUAUUCAUUUACCGGUCCUGCAUCUCCAGCACCCGUUGCAACAUUUGGCAAAUCAGUCAGUGGCUUGGAUCUUCUCCAUGGUGGACGGGCUCUGCGUGAGAAGAAGAAGGAGGGAAAGGAAAAGGAAAAGGCACUCGCCGAAUCGGAGCAGAUGGAAUGGCUGGCCAAUUCUGCUGGCGGCUCCGUGACAUCAUUCCCUGGCCCAUCAUCGCUGAACAGCUCGGGCGGAGUGUUAGGCGAGGCCGUACUUCGAGAAACGCUGCAGGGAUUUGGCUUGAACAACAUGUCCCCCGAGGACGCAUGGGACUUUCUCAAGGCGAAACUGCUGGUCAUUUUUGAUGGCGAAGAUGUUCGCAUUGCCAUUGAAGAUCUCAACAAGCUCGUCCUCGUGCACUUGCAGCGCUGUGUCCACAAACGAGCACCCGCGGCGAUCAUCAUGGACCUCCAGGAACUGCUCGAGACGGGAUUCGCUACUCUAAACCACAGCUCAUUAGUUGGCGUUCCGGAUGAGAAGCUUGUUCCGCACUUGGUACAGAUCUGGAUGCUGGUCUUUGGUACCAUCUUGCCGUUUAUCCAGGCUGUCUUCCUUCCUCUUGACCUUGAGUUCAAGGGUUGUGGAUCGAUCAUGACCAGCCGGGAGGCCCUCGAGUUUUGGGGGCCACCACCGGUGGGUGGAACCCUCGAUGUACGGAGUUUGGUGCUGAUUGCCUUUCGGGAUUGCAUCAUCUUGAACCGCUAUGAGGCUCUCAAAGCUACCUUCUCCCGGCUCAGUCUUGACAGCAUCAACGCGGGAUUCCCUACCCUCAGCGUGACAGCCAAGACUACCGGCACCGGCGGCGGCCGUCCCGGCACUGCCGCGUCCCUGGAUGCCGGGUUCGGCAGCUUCAACUCGCAAUCAUCCACCAUGCUCAGCACUGGUGUUGCAAACAGCUACUCGUCCGAUUCUAUGAGCGCCCUCGCCAACCCCCGGCCUUCAAGCAGCAACUCUCGCAGCCGCGCUGCAUCCAACACCUCCUCCAACCCAGACCCAAUGAUUUUCUCCUCCGUCUCGUCUCCUCCGACAUCAAAACAGCGCCCGACCAUUAUUCAUCGCGCCGGUUCCGCCGACUCCUCUCACGUCAUCACCGAAACAGUCGGCCGCAUGCUUCAGUGCGUCAGCGUCCUCGCCAGCGUCCACACAGACGACCCCUCCCAGGAACGGAUCGAAGUCCUCAGCAAAGCCCUCAAGCACAACUGGCUCGGUCGCGGCCGCACAGGUCGAGACCGACGUGGUUUCGUCGGUGCUAAAAUCCGCCCUGUCAUGGUCGGAGGCACCCCUACUCUGGAUGAUUCCGAGUCCUUCACUACGGCCGGUAUUAGCAUCGGCGCCAGCACGAGCACUGGUGGUUCUCGCCACCGUGGAGACUCGGAUUCAUCGGAGUGGAGUGGGCCUGGUCUGAGUGUGCGUAGUGGGCCGAGGCAGUUGAGCGUUCUUUGA